AAUGUCUUUUGGGGUAUGAUUUUUCAUAUGUUGACCACUAAGACCCCUAAAGUUAUUCCUUUUUUGCAGGGAAAGAGUCACCCCAAGCUAACAUCUGUUGCCAAUCUUCCUCCCCCGCCUAAAGCUCCACCAAGCUCUACUCCAGGAAGUGAAAAUGUGGUGCCUCGAGAGCCGCUGAUUGCCACAGCAGUGAAGUUUCUACAGAAUUCUCGAGUCCGCCAAAGCCCUCUUGCAACCAGGAGAGCAUUCCUUAAGAAGAAAGGGCUGACGGAUGAAGAGAUUGAUUUGGCUUUCCAGCAGUCAGGCACGGCUGCCGAUGAGCCUUCGUCCUUGGGCCCAGCCACACAGGUGGUUCCUGUCCAGCCCCCUCACCUCAUUUCUCAGUCAUACAGCCCUGUGGGCUCCCGAUGGAGAGAUUACGGUGCCUUGGCUAUCAUCAUGGCAGGAAUUGCAUUCGGCUUUCACCAACUCUACAAGAAAUACCUGCUACCCCUCAUCAUGGGCGGCCGAGAGGACAGGAAGCAACUGGAGAGGAUGGAGGCGAGUCUCUCGGAGCUGAGUGGCAGCGUGGCACAGACAGUGACUCAGUUACAGAUGACUUUAGCCUCGGUCCAGGAGCUGCUGAUUCAGCAGCAGCAGAAGGUCCAGGAGCUCGCCCAUGAACUGGCCACAGCCAAGGCCACCACAUCUACCAACUGGAUGCUGGAGUCCCAGAAUAUCAAUGAACUCAAGUCGGAAAUCAACUCCUUGAAAGGGCUUCUCUUGAAUCGGAGACAGUUCCCGCCGUCCCCAUCGGCCCCGAAGAUUCCUUCCUGGCAGAUCCCAGUCAAGUCACCAUCACCCUCUAGCCCGGCUGCUGUGAACCACCACAGCAGCAGUGACAUCUCACCCGUCAGCAAUGAGUCCACGUCAUCCUCACCCGUGAAGGAGGGCCACAGCCCCGAGGGCUCCACAGCCACGUACCACCUGCUGGGCCCCCAGGAGGAGGGCGAGGGGGUGGUGGACGUCAAGGGCCAGGUGAGGAUGGAGGUGCAGGGCGAGGAGGAGAAGAGGGAGGACGAGGAGGACGAGGAGGAUGAGGACGUGAGCCACGUGGACGAAGAGGACUGCCUGGGGGUGCAGAGGGAGGACCGCCGGGGUGGGGACGGGCAGAUCAACGAGCAGGUGGAGAAGCUGCGGCGGCCUGAGGGCGCCAGCAAUGAGAGCGAGCGGGACUAGGCCCUGUGGGGAGUGUCCAGCCUCUGGGACGUGGCCUUGCCCUGGCUCCUCCUCUGGCUCUGGGAGGGAGGCCUUGAGCUGGGUAAGGAGCAGAGCUGUCAUAGCUUCUCUGGGGCCUGGGCCGUGUGCGUGGGGUCGCAUUUCUGUCCACUUGCCUCCUCUUGCCUGAACACCAGCCCGGCCUGCCACUUCCUCAGCUCAGCCCCAGACAGAUGGGUCUUGACUUUGUUCUCACGUCAGGCUGAGGGCGCUGACUUCUCUGGGCUCAAGCCCCCCUCAGCCCUGUCCCCUGGACAGAUGUCUUGUCCAGGGUGUUUCUGCUGAGCGUCUUAGCUAACCUAACACCAUGCAUGACAAGAGGUGGUUUUAUUACCUGACUCCUGACCCUCAGUGGAGGAAGAGCUGCGUUGAUCUGGUGUCUGCUGUCCCACCUCCCUCCCCUGCCCCACGGCUCCUUCACUCACUCUCACCAGGGGCCAAGGGGGCCGUCUUGUGUUUCCAAAAGCCACCGCCCUGUGCUCCUCUCUCAGCGAGGGCCUCCCAAGGCCCCAGAGCCAGGUCCUGCCCGACUGAUGGCGCCCUUGUGUGCCUGUCCCAGCCCCGCCCCACAGUGCCCUGUCGUCCUCCCACAUGAAAUCACACUGCACUUGCGACCGUCCUCGCUGCGUCAUGGCUUGGCUACCCCUGUGGCGAGACAUGGUUCUCGCUCCCACGUAGGAGCCAGGCAUCGGGGCCUUCCCUUCUGUCCUUCCUACCCAGAAACACAUGUUCAUUUGUGUGAUCAGGUAUACGUUUCAGAACAUAAGAUAUGACUGUAUAUAAUUGUAAUAAAUACAAGUUGCCACUAUUUAA